AAACUUUCGUGUUAAAAAUCUGUGUUUUUAAUUUAAAGCAAUAAAUCUGUGUUCAGCGUGAUUUGUAACCAAAUUUGUGCCACAAUGGAAUCCACUGAAGCAACCAGGGUGCAAGAAACCGCCUCUACCCCAACUGACGAACUGAAAAACAGAGAAAAUGACAACCCUGACGAAACGGCAGGCGCAGGAGAUUCAAUUAACAACGCAAUAUCCGACGACACCACAUCUUUGAAUAGCGCAUCGGAAGCUUCUACCGCUCUACUUGACGCAGACGACGACUCGCAGUGGGAAACCGAGGAAGAAAUCGAACUUUCAGAUGCUAAUGAAAUAUUGAACAAAAAUUCAUGGAAGCCUCGACCACAAAAAUCACCACAAAAAGCUCACAAACCUGACCCUCCAGAGAAAUCAAUCCUUCAGUUAAAAAUAGUCCUCAAGUAUUGCAGACCGAAAAUUUGGCGGCGCAUCUUGGUUUCCAAUCUUGACACUUUCAAAGAUCUUCACAACUACAUUCAAUUGUCCAUGGGGUGGUGGGACUGCCACCUUCACGAAUUUUCGGGCAGACGUAGGCCAAAGGGGCGUAAAACGCGCAUAAUUGCUGAUAAUAUGGAAGAAGAAAGUGUCCAACUCCGUCUCUUCCAACAGAUGCUUGGGGUGCCUUCUUGUAAAUCAAGGAAAGAAAAUAAAACACAGUUGUAUAAAUUUUUACGCAAGCGAGGGGAUAAGGUGAUUUAUAUGUAUGACUUUGGUGAUGGAUGGACCCAUCGUGUUGUAGUAGAAGAGGUGUUAACUUAUGAUCGCAAAAGAGAAUAUCCAAGGUGUGUAUCAGGAGCAAGAGCAUGUCCUCCAGAGGAUUGUGGGGGCGCUUAUGGAUAUCAGCGCCUGUUGGCGGUGCGAGCUAAUCCAGAGCAUGAGGAUUACCAAGAUUUAAUUACAGAUUGGUUAGACAACUUUCAUCCAGACUUUGACCCUGAUAAAUUUGACCCAGAUGUAUUAGGAUUUUUUUCGUAAGACUCAAGCAACUUAAUGUUCCUUUCCAAUUGCGUUAAAAAGACUUAAG